ACAGUUUUUGGAGCUAAUGAAUAUGAAGAAGAUAGUGGUACUAUUGAAAAUGGUGGUGAAGAACCAGAAAAAGUGGUACUAUUGAAAGAGGUGAUGAAGAUGAAGGAAAAAGUGGAACGAUUGAUGGGUUUGGUGAAGACGAGGCACAUAGUGGUACAUUAUAUCGAUCUGGUGAAGAUGAGAUCAGUAGUGGUACAUAUAAAGAAUGUGGUGAAGAUGAGACACAUAGUUCUUCCUCUGAAGAAGUUGAUGAAGAUGGAAAAAGCUGUGGUUCUAUUGAUGGUAGUUAUGUAUCUGCUUCUGGUAUAUCUUUUCAUGGGAAUAUUCAAAACCAUAUGGUUGAUCUUGGAGCUUAUUAGAGUAGGGAAAUAUAGAGUAUCAAGGAGGACUUACAACGUAAGUUACAUA